AUGGAUCUUGACUGGCGACAAAUCUUCGGACGGAUCCAGGUCAGCACUCCAAAGGUUGUACAUCUACCUGCCAACAACAUUGAUGACCGAGUCGCGCCUGAGCCUCAAGCUCUUGAUUGCCUUCGGCGAUCAUCAGCCAGGCCGGUGAGUUCUGAGCACCGCCACGUAGACCCCUUCCCAUGCACAUGUCGCCGUUAUCUUGAAUGGGUCGAUGUUCUGAUAGUGUGUCAAGCAUGGCUACUUGUGCACGCCAUCGCGGCCACCGGUCUGGUGCGGCUGAACUGCUUCUGCCCCAUCACCACCCAUUCAUCGUCUGCCAUGAUCUUGGCUGGAGGACAGACGGACCCAACCGACCUCAUGUACUACAAGACGGAAGAUGCGUUGGGUCGGUUUGGAGUUGGGACUUGUCUCUGCAAGACGACUCUUUCACGUCUUGCUUGGUAG